AACUUUGAAAGACUGCAGGUGAUGGACAAGAUGGGACUUCUGUGGUGUGUAAUGAGUCUCUACUUCUAUGGGAUCUUGCAAAGUGAUGCCUCGGAACGCUGCGAUGACUGGGGACUAGAUACCAUGAGGCAGAUCCAAGUGUUUGAAGAUGAGCCAGCUCGCAUCAAGUGCCCACUCUUUGAACACUUCUUGAAAUAUAACUACAGCACAGCCCAUUCAGCUGGCCUUACUCUGAUCUGGUAUUGGACUAGGCAGGACCGGGACCUUGAGGAACCAAUUAACUUCCGUCUCCCAGAGAACCGCAUUAGUAAGGAGAAAGAUGUGCUCUGGUUCCGGCCCACCCUCCUCAAUGACACGGGCAACUAUACCUGCAUGCUAAGGAAUACCACAUAUUGCAGCAAAGUUGCAUUUCCUCUGGAAGUUGUCCAAAAAGCUAGCUGCUUCAAUUCUCCCAUGAAAAUCCCAGUGCAUAAACUGUAUAUAGAAUAUGGUGUUCAGAAGAUCACUUGUCCAAAUAUAGAUGGAUACUUUCCUUCCAGUGUCAAACCAGCCAUCACUUGGUAUAUGGGAUGUCAAAAAGUACAGGACUUUCAUAAUGUGGUACCUGAAGGCAUGAACUUGAGUUUUCUCUUAGCCUUGUUUUCAAAUAAUGGAAAUUACACAUGCGUUGUUACAUAUCCAGAAAAUGGGCGUGCAUUCAAUCUCACCAGGACUCUGGCUGUAAAGGUGGUAGGCUCUCCAUACUCUGCAUUGCCCCCCCAGAUCCACUUACCCAAUGAUCUUGUGGUCUAUGAGAAAGAACCAGGAGAGGAGCUGCUCAUUCCCUGUAAAGUCUUUUUCACUUACCUGAAGGACUCUCGCAAUGAGGUCUGGUGGACCAUUGAUGGGAAAAAGACAGAUGACACCACUAUUGACGUAACUGUUGAUGAAAGUGUGAGUGUGGCUGCUCUGGAAGAUGAAACAAGAACUAUGACUCUGAGCAUCAAGAAAGUUAGUGCUGAAGAUCUCAAACGCAACUAUGUUUGUCAUGCUAGAAAUGGCAAAGGGGAGGUUGAGCAGCCAGCCAAGGUGAAACAGAAAGUGAUUGCUCCAAGAUACACAGUGGAACUGGCCUGUGGUUUUGGAGUCACAGUCCUGCUCGUGGUGAUUCUCAUUGUUGUUUACCAUGUUUACUGGCUGGAGAUGGUCCUAUUUUACCGAGCCCAUUUUGGAACAGAUGAAACCAUUUUAGAUGGGAAGGAAUAUGAUAUUUAUGUAUCCUAUGCAAGGAAUGCUGAAGAAGAAGAAUUUGUAUUGCUGACCCUCCGUGGAGUUUUGGAGAAUGAAUUUGGAUAUAAGCUGUGCAUCUUUGACAGAGACAGUCUGCCUGGGGGAAUUGUCACAGAUGAGACCUUGAGCUUCAUUCAGAAAAGCAGACGCCUCCUGGUUGUCCUAAGCCCCAACUACGUGCUCCAGGGAACCCAAGCCCUUCUGGAGCUCAAGGCUGGCCUAGAAAACAUGGCCUCUCGGGGAAACAUCAACGUCAUUUUAGUACAGUACAAAGCUGUAAAGGAGACGAAGGUGAAAGAGCUGAAGAGGGCUAAGACGGUGCUCACGGUCAUUAAAUGGAAAGGGGAAAAAUCCAAGUAUCCACAGGGCAGGUUCUGGAAGCAGCUGCAGGUGGCCAUGCCAGUGAAGAAAAGUUCCAGGUGGUCUAGAAGUGGAGAGCAGGGUCUCUCCUACUCAUCUUUGAAAAAUGUAUGAAAGGGACAAUGAAAGGGGUAAACAGAGCCCUGGGUACCCCAGGAAGGAAGAAACCUUCUUGAUACCCAAUGUAUUGUUUCAUGGACAGAAAACAAUUCUAUGGAAGCCUCCCCAUAGGGUUAAAUUCAGGGUGACUGGUUGUGUUUCCUCAGGCAAUACUAAGAUUUAGAAUGAUCAUGCCACCAGUCUGUUACCAGUGUUCAAUGUCACUAUGUUCUUUGCAGGUAAAGACUUGGAUGAUGUGAAUUUUUUCUUCUGCAUCUUCUCUAUUACUGUUCUUACAUGAUCUCUCUCUCUCUCUCUCUCUCUCUCUCUCUCUCUCUCUCUCUCUCUCUCUCUCUCUCUCGUUAACAUUAUAGGGCUGCCUUUGCCUAUGGUUUGAAAGACCCCGUGAAGAUAAGUCAUCUGUUAAUAGGGUCAUUAUGAGUUUCCAAGUAUAGUUUUCUUCUUCUUUUAUUAUUACUCAUCUAUUAAAAAGAUAAUCAGGGUCUGAAUAUACUUUAGCUGGAUAAGGAGCUCUUUUGCUCAUUCUGCUGUACCACAAGCCAUCACAGUAAGACUGACACCCCCUUGGACAAUUCAAAGCAGUAUUACUAAAAGUUAUUCUUAUAAUAAUUGAUUUAAAGAUUCUUAUAAUUGAUUUAUAAUUGCCUGCAUUUUCUCCUAUUAUAUCCCCAUGUGCCUCUAUCUCAGGUAAAUGAUGGCAUAUUUUUCAACUUGAAAAAUAGAAUUUUUUAUUGUAGUAAACUUCUGACUAUCUGUAGGUCAGCCCAUGUUUAUCCUUCCCUCUCUAUUGUAACUUGCUUAUGUCGGCCACUCGGAGUUUACAAGUGGCUCCACACUUGGUUCAGUUUGAUAGGAAGUUUAUCCUAAUGGUGCUAAUAGAGUGAGAUAAUGGCAAAUUUCUCUGAGGGUAUUUUCUGGCUUGUAAUAAAAGAGCAGAGCAGAGUGUUUGGUCAUUUGUCUUUUAAUCUCAGCCUUAUUAAUGUGAAUAUUAGGAAAGUGAUUUCUCUUCGCUUGUUUCUCUCUUCUCAUUUUAAAGUGUGAAAGUUAAACUCAGUGACCUCGAGAGCUGCUUUUAGCAUUAAUACUCUAAAAGGAUUAACUGAACCCUUAGUAUUGUCCCUAUUUUAUUUACUCCAAACAAGUCAGCUGAAAGAUCACUGUCAAUGUAACUUGUCUUAGCUUGUUUUUUAGUAAAGUUUCACUGUUCUUAAGACUUGGAAAAGUAAAAACUUAGUCUAGAGUUUACAGAGUGAAAUAUAAGUACAUAUACAUGUGUAUAUACUUAUAUAUACACACAAAAUUAUAUACAUAUGUGUAUCUAAAUUGCAUAUAGAUACACAUGAAUUAUAUACGUAUAUAUACACAUAUAUACAUACAUGAAUUAUGUUUGCAUAUAUGCAUACAUAUAUACAAUGUACACAUAUAUAUACAUAUAUAUGCAUAUUACUUUAGUCAUUAGCACAGUACUACAAGCCACUGGAACUCUUGUCCAAACUUUAAAUUGUUUUUACUGUAAUGCUUUUGUGUUAGUGUUUUCUACACAUUAACAUUAUUUGUGAUUUCACAGAUCAUAGUGGUAGCUGUUGUUAGUUCUUGCCUUUCCUAAAUUAGCUUGAAUACUUUACUCCUGCUAGAGCUUAUCUGGGUUCAGUGGAAUCUGUUGUGCACAGAUCUUCCAUGGUCACGCUAAGCAGUAGCCAAUCAUCUGGCAUUAUUUGAUCAUCUACUAUGUUUGAGGCACAUAUACUUAACAACUAAGCUAUGUGAAUCUCAGUGCUCAACUACUGGAGAAAUAAAUCUCUAUUUGGACUAUUGAGUAAUAAAAAAGAAAAGAAAAAGCCUAUAAGUGAGCCUGAGUAUCCUAUGAAACACCAUUAUUCAUAAUUUAAGGAAAUCCUCAUUCAGUAGUAUGAAUGUUGUUAAGCAAUUCCAAAACUAUCUUUUUACAGUUAAAAGCCCUUCAGCAGAUUUCUUUAUAGAGGAGUUAUUGAUUAUUUUAGUAAUAAAAGCAUGACUAUAAAACUGUUCUAGAAGUCAUUCUGGAACUUAACAUUUUUAGCCUUAUUAAUGCUUUUCCUUGCUACAAACCACAAUUACUCCUCCUAUCAAUCCUUCAUUCACAAGACCAGGAGAGACUUACUCCAGAUAAGCUUUGUAUUUCAAAUUCUUGCAUUAGCUUUAGGUAAAUGGGGGGGGGGGGUGUCCCAUCACCAAGGGUCCAUUCUCUUGCCAAUACUGCAUUCUUUUUGCACGUUUGAAUUUAAUAUUUAUCCUAAAGGCUGUUCUGUGCCCCUAGGAAUAUCUUGACAUUUUCCCCCUAUUUAUAUUCUUGUCUUUGGUACUGAGCUUUUCUAAAUGCUAAAAUCAAAAGCAUCUCAAAUUUCUAUGAUGUGUCUCAUUCUAAGAUAAUUUUUCAAGCUUUUUGUUUGUUUUUUUAUGUCCCAGAAGAUGCCUAAUACUGAAUAUUUGAAGGAGAUGGGGAAACAUAAUUUAGAAAGCAGGGAGAAUCUCUUUCUCAUGUUAAAGACAAAACAAAAGAACAUGUCUCUAAGGUUAAAAAAAAAAAAACCUUAAUGGUUUCAGAUAUGGGAUAUAAAGACCUUCUGCACCCAAGUUAACAAAGGACCA